AGAAUCUCUCAGCCAUUGGCGAAGGUCAGUCGACAUUUGCCGGCUUCGUCUUCACCCCUGUCGUCUCCCUAGAGAUCAGAUCACCGAGUUUCGCACUUCAAUCGUUGCUCCAGAAAUGGAUUGGCAAGGGCAAAAGUUAGCGGAAGAGCUGAUGCAAAUCCUGCUCAUAGCAUUUGGUGGUGUUGCUUUCAUUGCUGGAUAUGCAACGUCUUCGUUUGGGACAAUGAUUAUGAUCUAUGCUGGAGCUGUGCUUUUUACAGCUAUGUUCACUAUCCCUAGUUGGCCUUUCUUCAGUCGUCAUCCCCUCAAGUGGUUAGAUCCAAUUGAAGCAGAGAAGUAUCCGAAACCUGAACUGACGACUGAGUCUUGGAAGAAGAGAAAGAAUAAGCACUGUUAGGUUUGAUUCUUUGAGCUUCUCUGUUGUGGAGUUCAACAUUGUUUGAUAUAGCUAUUUUCUCAAUCUUUACCUGGAUAGACCCUUUUGAUGUAAUGAGAUGAGAUGUUCUAAAUUGCAAAGCUUUGGUGAUCAAAGAAGUGAUUGUCGGAUUUAGUUUUGUUUA